AUGCGCGAUCGUGCGGGCGAGUUGUAUGACUAUCUCGUAAACCUCAUACAGCACGAGGAUAUCCCCUUGUCACGUACAGGAGGCGAGGACGCGCAGGGCGGAGUCAUUCUUGUCGGAUGGUCUUUUGGCUCGGUCUGGGCAACCGCUUUCCUAGCGCAUGAACCCUCAUUCCACUCCGAUAUAAACCUCGGCAAGUGGGUGCGCAGAGUGGUCUCGUACGCUCAGCCGGGUUCCUCGGGCAGGCAGUCCCUCCAGGAAUAUACCUUCCUCUCGUUGACCAGUCUAUGCCACCCGUAG